AGAAACCGGAAAGGAAGUCGUAACCACGUCUCUAGUAUAGUGUAUACCCACUUUCUAUAGUUAUAACUUAUAUAAUAUAUAGUCAUAACUCAUAACUCGUUAUUCGUCUAUUACUCUAUUACUGUCUGCUCGUAAGACGCGAUUAUCUACUUGCUAGGCAGUGGUCUGGCCACUCGGAAAUCACUUUGUUAUUUUUACAAGAUGACGAUAAUUCAAUCUAAGUAUUUGAACUAUAGUAAUGAUGUUGAUUAUUUUUUAGUUGUAACAAGACGUGAAUAGUGAAUACUCGUUAUGAUAAACAUUUUAAGAAUUAAAGUGCUGUGACAUUGAUUUAUGUUAAAAAUAAAUAAAUAUUAUAUAGAUAAUUAAUAAAAAAUGUCUGCCUUUCCACAAGUCGAGGGUUAUCAAAUAAUUAAAAAUAUCGGAAAAGGAAGCACGUCAACUGUGUAUCUAGCUCACGUUAAGGAGAAAACCAAAAAUAUGGUUGCAAUAAAAGUUAUAGAACGCAAUAAAUUGUCCAAGAGUGCAGAAGAUGCUGUAGUAACUGAAAUAGGAGUGAUGAAAAAAUUUAAACAUAAACAUAUUGUUCAAAUGAUCGACUUUAUAUGGGAUCGUAAAAAUAUUUACAUUAUACUGGAACAUUGUGACGGGGGUGAUUUGUCAACAUUUAUUAAACAACGUAAAAAACUAUCCGAAAAAGUAUGCCGUAAAUUCAUGCAACAAUUAGCCUUAGCUCUGCAGUUCUUAAGGUCUCAUAAUGUUUCUCAUCUUGAUCUCAAACCACAAAAUUUACUCCUAAUGAGGUCACCACAGCUAACUUUGAAAGUUGGAGAUUUUGGUUUAGCAAAUUUUAUGAGUGAAAAAACUCAAAUGGAAAAUAUUCGUGGUUCACCUCUAUAUAUGGCUCCUGAAAUGUUACUACAUAAUCGAUAUGAUGUUAAAGCAGAUCUUUGGUCAGUUGGAGUGAUUGCUUAUGAAUGUAUAUUUGGGCAUGCUCCAUACGCUUCAGACUCUAUUAAAGAUUUAUGUGAGAAGGUUAAAAAAGUCUUACCAAUAGAAAUACCAUCUAAUCAAGUCAGUCCAGAGUGUAGAGAUUUAUUAUUGGGUCUUCUCAAACACAAUCCAUCUGAACGAAUGAGUUAUUGUCAGUUUUUUAAACACCCAUUUGUAGAUUUAGAUCAUAUGCCUACUACUGAAUCAUACGCUAAAGGACUUGAAGCUAUUCACCAGGCAGUUCAACUAGAUUCUGAAAAGCAAUAUAAAGCUGCAUUUAGUAAAUAUUGCAUAGGUUUGCAGUAUUUGAUUCCUUGUUCUCGAAACGAACCCGAUAAAAUUAAAAAAGAAGCAUUUCAAAUAAAACUGAAUGAGUACAUUAAGCGCGCAGAAGAAUUGAAAGCCACUUUAUAUGUUUCAAAAAUCAAAAUUAAUGAAGAAAAAGCAGACAACUUUUCAACAUCAUAUGAUGAUGACCGUUAUCCAACAUUAACAUCGUUAUGUCAAAACACACCUCAAUUAGCCAAUGCAGUAGAAAUUGCAUUAUCUGGUCAAAUGUAUUUAGUUGAAGGACAAUAUGAAGCAGCCUUCGAGAAGUAUAAAAUUAGUUUGAAUUUAUUGGAAAAGCUUUUAGAAAAAGAACCUCCGGGUAUUCGAUAUAAUUUACUUAUCAAACAGGUGACUGAUUGGACAAGUCAGUGUGAAAAUGCUAAAUCAUUAUUACAAGCUAAAGAUCAAAAAGUUAAUGAUCAAUCUAUUGAUGUUCCUGAUGGAUUUUCCUCAAUAUCCAAAGGUAAAUCAGAUAAGAAGUCUCCAAAAUUGUUCCGUGUAGUUAGCAGACUAGUUCUGAGAACAAAUAACAGAAGUAGUUUAUCCCCUGAAAAAAAAUAAUACUCAACUAUUUAUAUUAGCUUAAAAAAAACUAAUAUAUAGUUUUUUUUUUCAUAUAAUAAU